AUGCAGUUUCAAGAAGAAACUAGAACCAAUCAAAAAACCACCAUUGCCUCCAUAAAAAAUCUCGAAGUCCAAAUGGGUCAAAUAGCACAACAGUUAGCUUCAAAUUCUCAAGCCCCGGGGACCCUACCCAGUAGUACGGUAACAAAUCUGCAGGAACAUAACAAUGUUAACACUGUCGUAACCCGAAGUGGGAAGUCAACAGAAGAAAACAGUGUGGAGGAAGAUGGAUUUUUAGAAGUGGAUUUAGAAAUCAAGGAAACCAAGGACCCAGAUGAAGAAGUGGUACUACCACCUGUCAAUGAGAAAGAAAAGGUUCCAAAACCAGUCAUCAAACUCCCUUACCCUCCAAGUGCCAUUCUGCAAGGUAUGAAGAUCCCAGUAAAGAAGAAAGAUAUGGGAUCAGUUAAUAUUCCAUGCACUAUUGGUGAUAGAAAAUUCAAGAAGGCUCUGAUUGACUUAGCAGCAAGUGUAAGCUUGAUUCCACUAUCCAUCUAUAAGAAAUUAGGCAUUUGCACCGUUCAAGAUACUCGAAUGACACUUCAGUUUGCGAAUCGCUCUGUUAGGCGACCUUAUGGGAUUGUGGAAGACGUUCUUGUAAAAAUUGACAAGUUUAUUUUCCUAGUUGACUUUGUCAUUCUGGAAAUGCCCGAAGAUGAGGAGAUUCCUCUUAUAUUGGGUAGACCAUUCUUGGAAACAGGAUGGUGUAUGAUAGACAUAGAGGAAGGAACAAUGACCCUCAAAGUCUAUGAUGAAGAGUUAAAAAUAGAUGUGCGGAACACAGUGCAAUAUAAAGAUGAUAUUGGCACAAGCCACACCGUAGAGAUAAUAGAUCAGGUAAUUGCUCAAGAAAUUGAAAAGCAUAUGCCCUAG